AUGGCGCCUCCCGCGAAGAACGCCCACGCCCCCGCGACGUCCACCACGGACGACGUGCAGACGCUCCGGCGGCUCACGCGCGAGGCGUUCGGGGAGAUCACGUCGCUGAGAGACCGUCUCGGGGAUCUGGAGAGAUCCGUCGCGACGGACCGAGCGUCCAGGGUGACGGACGCGGCGCGCGUGGACGCGCGGGUCACGAUGGGCGGCGUCGCUCUCGGGGACCACCGCGCCGCCGCCGCCGCCGACGUCGACGUCGCGCCGCGCGCGGUGACGACGAUCGACGCGCCGCUCCCGGGAGGGGAUUCGCUCGUCGUCCGUCUCGCGUCGUCGUCGUCGUCGUCGUCGUCGUCGGACGCCGACCCGACGACGGUCGCGCUCGAGAAGGUGAUGUACCGCCACAGGAUCGGCUCGCGCGGGUGGCUGCGGAUCUCCCCGAUCGGAGGCGAAGGCCAAGACGCGGCGGCGACGCUGAACCCGCUGUCCAAGGGCGGCGCGCUGACCUCGUUCGGCGCGAGGGGGCCGUCGACGCUGUCGCGAUGCGAGGGCGCCGCCGCGUGCGCUUCGUACGACUUCGGCGACGGGCUCUUCGGCGUCAGCGGCGGCGUGUUCGAUCGCGACGGCGUCGAAGGCGACGACGGCGACAGCGGCAGCGAGAACGGCGAGAGCGGCGGCGGGAAGACGAAGACGAAGACGCGGACGCGGCGGGCGUUGCUCCAGGCGACGGCGCGACCGGGGACGCGCGCCGCCGUCUCGCUCGCCGCCGCCGCGUCCUCGCCUUCGCCUUCGCCGUCGUCGUCGUCGUUCGAGCUCGGGGUGAACGGCCUGUUCGCGGUCGGGGACGAGACGUUAGUCGCCGCGUGGGCGUCGAGCGGCGGCGGCGAUUGGGGCGUCGCCGCGACGAGACCGCCCGGGGAGGACGGCGGCUCGCCCGGGUGGGGCGUCGCGUUCGGCGUUGCGGACGAGGGCUCGGAUCGCGCGAAGUCGGAUCUGCGGUGCGAGGCGUUCGCGAGGUUGGGAGGAGAGAGUCGACGGGUGACCCCCGGGGUCGUCGCGCGGAGGGAUGGGGUCACGGGGAAGUGGUGCGCGUCGUUCGCGUGCAAGGUGGAUCUUCUGUACUCCUCGUGA